GUUUCCAUUUCAGUCGUUAUGAGAUAUAUGCAAAGGCCAAUGCAUAUGAACGUAACAUACUAUGAAUAUACAUGGUUAAGGUACUACGAGAAACACCUUUGGAGAAGUCUAAUUUUUGUUUUGGCUGUCUUGUAAUUUCCUUGGCUUUGCUUUAUUUUGUGUUGUUGUUUAUUCUCUAUCAUAUUUUUUUUACUAAUCAGCGAUGGGAUCAAUGGAAAAGACGGACAAUUAUUGCCAAAGCCGGAAUUCUUGGUAAAAAAAAUGGAAAGCCGAAUUCCGGCUAUUGCCGGAAUAAUAUUUUAGAGAAACUGACAACAUUCGGCAUUUGCACACCCUGAGAUUCUCCCAGCCUUGACCUGAGGAUUAUGUGCACGGAUCUGUUGACUUGUCUCUUCCGAUGAAAUAAUAAUUAAAAAAAUGCUUAUGACAGAUUUUCACUUUUUUAUGGUUCUUUCAUUGAAGAAUGAAGAGUGGGGGGAUCCGGAACGUGGGUAAUCCCGAAAACCUCAAUAUCUACAACAAGAGGUGAGGUGACGCUCUAACGACAUAAUGGCCAUAACGCACAUUGUUGUCUGACUUCCUGUGCAUGGAUCUGUUUGACUUGUCUCUUCCGAUGAAAGAAUAAUUGAAAAAUAAUGCAAAUGACAUAUCUCCUCUUUUUUAUAUGUCCAUGAACGGCGUUCGCGGUUACCCCGUGGCUCGGUAGUGCGGGGUAAUCCUGAAUUUCUGCGUUUUGUACCAUAGCUUUUAAAUGAAUUAUUGAUGUUGAAUAAAGACGUUACAGUCAAUAUGUGUUUUAUCAAAUUAUGUAUUAGUCUUGGAAAAAGGCUCACUUGGAAUCUUCCUAUCACUCUGAUUAAAAAAGUUUUCGUCAUUACCCCACUUUCUCUUAAACCCCAUUCCACAGAGAACAAGACCGCUGAAAGACCUUUGAAAGACCAUGAAUUUUGGUUGAUCUUUCAGAGGUCUCUCAAUGAAACUACAAUGGUCUUUGAGGUCUUACACGAGUCCUGACCAAUCCUUCAGUGGUCUUUGUGGUCUUCAUGGGCUCCAAAACUUUUUGAAACUGUUCAAAACAGUCUUACACCGGUCUUACAGGAAAAUGGUCUUUCAAUGGUCUUUCAGCAGUCUUUCAGCGAUCUUUCGAUGAACUUUCAAAGGGCUUCAUAGUCUUUCAAUGAUCUUUCGGCAGUCUCUCAAGAUUUUUGCGGAGAUCACUGUAAGACUCAUGAGAGAUCAUUGAAAGACCAGGCAAAGUCCAUGGAAAGAAUUCUGAAAGAUCACUUGUUGCAUAAAAGAUCUCUGAAAGACCAUUGAAAGAUCUCUAUAGGACUACUCUAAGACCAGUAAGACCAAAAAUAUCAAUCAGUCUUUCAGAGUACUUUGAGGGGUCUUUCUGAGCCAUUCCACAGAGAUGACAAAUUUCAGUGAUCUUGAAGACCGCUGUAAGACCUCACCAAUUUUAAGUCUUUCAGUGGUCUUUCAAUGGUCUCCGUUCUGUGGACCAUAAUUAAAAUUUCAGAUUUUUUUCUUGACAUGACUAGAUCCCUUUGACUUAUAGAGUCAGAGGAAAGGGGAAUUAAGUGGGGGCUCCAAAUUAAAAAAACUUUGGUCCCUCAAAUUUUGUUUUGUUAAAUUACCAUAUAAAAUCUUACUAAUUUAUACUACUUUAUUAUGCUAUUUUUUAAAUCAUCGAAAAAUACCCUCUCAAAAAAUGUAUUUUUAUAGGGAGAAUUUAAUAUUUUUGACAUUAUGACACUUUCUUCCAGUAGGUGGACUAACGCACAACAGAGGAAGUCCAAAAUGCAUGACUAUAUUCUAUAGAUGGUUUUUAAAGUAUAGUGAUGACUUGUGAAGACAUUCCAACUAUUUUAGAGAUAUCUCAAUGGCCAAUUGAAUGAAAACAAUAAAAUGAUGAAAAUAUGCAUGAUAUUCUAAAUUUGGCUGUUAUGGUACCUUGGCCCAAAAGUUAGUUAAUUUCUUUUAACCACAUUUUGAGAAUGAAUAAAUGUAUUGUAAAUAAAGCAACUUGUGAUAUUUGUAUUUGAUUUUUUUGUUUUGGUUGUGUUUCCUUCAGACUGAUGUCGUCUAUCACAAUGAAGCGAAGGAUGGUCCUAUGGUUCAUAGGGUUUUUCAUUGUUUGGAACAUAGCAACUUAUUUUCUUUUCACUAGACCAGGCAAUACAGACGAUCAUAUGUUCAAGUCUUCCAAAGAGUUUUCAGAGAGGUUGAACAGACUUCAAGGAAGACUCAAAGAUCAGAUGGUUCUUAAUGAACAACUCCUUCAUGAGAUUGAGCAGGAAAAAGUGAAAAUCAUCAACAAGAUUAAAAACAUUCCUGCUGCAAAUGAAGAACACCAACCUCCUAAGCUCAUUAUACAGGAUCAGGAGAAUGAGAAGCCAGCAGAGGAAAGUAAACCUGAUUAUCCAUUUCACACCUAUAAGAUACCAAUCGUUGUCAUUGCAUGCAAUAGACCAUCUGCUAUAAAGCGUAGUUUGAACUCCCUCCUUGAUACCAGGCCAUCGGCAGAGCAGUUCCCGAUAUAUGUCAGUCAGGAUUGCGGUGAUCAGAAGACUGCUAAUGAGAUUAGGACGUUUGGAGACAAAGUUGUUCAUAUGAGGCAACCAGAUCUUAGCCCUAUUGCAAAUCUUCCAGCAAACCAGAAAAAGUUUGAAGGAUAUUACAAGAUAUCCAGGCAUUAUAAGUGGGCCCUUGACCAGAUGUUCAUUAGGAAUUCAUUUGAUGCUGUUAUCAUCGUAGAAGAUGAUUUAGAUGUGUCUGUUGAUUUCUUUGAGUAUUUCUUAGCUACCUACCCUCUCCUCAAGGAAGAUCCCACUCUGUGGUGUGUAUCUGCAUGGAAUGACAAUGGGAGGGACACAAGAAUAGAGAAAAAUCCAGGGUUGCUUUAUAGGAGUGACUUUUUCCCUGGUCUUGGUUGGAUGUUAUUGAGAGAUGCAUGGCUGGAGUUAGCUCCAAAGUGGCCAGCUGGGUUUUGGGAUGAUUGGAUGAGGCUCCCAGACCAAAGAAGAGAUAGAUCCUGUAUACGACCAGAAAUAUCUAGAACGGAUACUUUUGGAAAAUUUGGGGUUAGCAAGGGGCAGUUUUUUGAGCAGCAUCUAAAGUUCAUCACUCUCAACAAAGAAUUUUAUUCAUUUACCACCAAAGAUUUAUCAUAUUUAUUAAAGAAAAACUAUGAUCCUGCAUUUAAAGAGCGAGUUUACGGUGUAGAUGAGUGGACACUCCAGGAAAUUAAGACUAAUCAGGGUCAAGGACCGAGCGAGGUUCGCAUCACAUACACUGAUAAAAACAGCUUUAAGAGUAUUACAAAGGCAUUAGGCAUCAUGCAAGAUUUAAAGUCUGGUGUACCAAGAACAGGGUAUCUGGGGAUAGUGACCUGCGUCUUCAACGGUCAGAGGAUUUACAUUGCUCCUGGGCGGCACUGGUCAGGGUAUCAUGUAGACUGGAGUUAACAAAGGCUCAUCUGAUGAGUGUGUAUGUGGUAUGAUAUAAGCCGAGAUGGUGAGAGAAAUGCAAACAAAAAUGAUGUUGAAGUGUGUGCAGAGUUGAAAGAUUCUUAUCCCUAUAUUCCUAGAAAGUUCAGAGAAAGGUGCUGUGACCUUUGCCAAAUUUGUGGACUUGUCCUGCCCUAUCCAAAGCCUGGUAUACCUAGAACCAGAAACAUGGAGGUAUCUAAGGUGAAAAGUUGAAGGAUGAGUGUGUGCAGAGUUGAUAGAUUUAUAGUUUUGAUAUUCUUUCUUAAAAGGUGCUGUAACAUGUGUGGAUGUAUACCUGGUACUCAAUCAAGAUGGAAAAGCUGGAGUCCAUGCAGAACUGUUUUUGGUUUUGAAAGGGACUAUCAAAAGAUAAGUUUCUUUGAUAAUGAUAAUAAUAAUAAUAGUAACACAGUUCUUGUAUCGCGCAUAUCUCAUUAUGACAUAACGUCCCUGUGCGCUUCCAAAUGACUUGGAUAUUUUUACCUAGGCUUCAGCCCUGCAGCCUUUUUACAGCAUGGAGGCAUUUCAAUGAAUAAAUUCCUGCCGGGUACCCAUUCACCUCACCUGGGUUGAGUGCAGCUCAAUGUGGAUGAAUUUCUUGCCGAAGUAAAUUAUGCCUUGGCUGGGAUUCAAACCCAUGACCCUCUGUUUCCAAAUCAGAAGACUAAUCCACUGGGCCACAACGCUCCAUACAAAGUGGCCACAAUUGCUCCACACACUUGAAGGUCUUGCAUUCAUCCAGAACAGACCACCCAUGCAGAUAGAGGUGGAAAUAUUAGAAAUUCUGCAUGCAAGUUCUGACUUAAUCUCAGUUUCUUAGAACAAGAUAUUUCUGGCUAUGCUGCUUUCAACAAAAGGAAUGACAGUUUUGGAGUAACUUUAGACAGUAGCUGAUGACCUUUCAGUGUUAAAUGGUUUUGUUAUACAUGGCACUAAUUUCAACAGCUACUACCCUUUCAAUCUAAGUUUUCUUGUGUGUCAUUCUUGGCAAUACAUGAUGGAAAGUCAAGAGGAAAAGGUGCCAAUAUUUUCUGUCACAUAUAAGCUUGUUAAGAUAUAUUACUAAGCUCAGCUAAUUUUUGUUAGUGUUCAGACAUGGUGAGACAAAAUAAAAAUUAAUUAUUGCAAAAGGUUGCAUCAACAAAUUGUUAACAUAAUAAUCUUUAUUUCGUGAUGCCUUUUGUCAAAGUAUACAAGGUCAAAGGUUUUUCUGCACAAAUGUGGACAAAAACAAUUUUGUGCUAUUUUUUAAAGAAUAUGAUUGGUUCACACUUGUCUGAGCUAGGCUACAAAAAUGUUUCCUGUGUCUGUGCAUUUUUGAAGGGGGUACAUUAUAUGACAUUGUCUUUGUGUAUAAAAUGUAGCUGAACUUUGUUACUGAGAUUAAUCACAUGUGUGAACAAGCCAUAAGUGGACUUGAAUUCAGUCAGUUGGAGGAAUGGUUCAACUUGCAGGUUAAAAAUCUUGACUGUUUUUGUCUUAAAAUAAUUAUCAAAUAAAUGAUAUAUUUAUGUAACACUAUUUCCAGACUUCAAAUCAUAGCACUGAACUCCUGAAAUAAUUAGAUCAGUGACAUACAACUAUCAAUCAGAAUUGAAAUCUUGAAUCCCCCAAUUAAUUCUUAUUUACUAAAUAGCCAAUUUCCAUAUCAUGGCUUUACUGCAUUGGAUUCCUGCUUUUAUACCAUGUGAUUUGAUUAUUGGCAGGGUGCAGUAUUCAUUGUCAAACAGGCUUCCUACAGUAAAGAGAAAAGUAUUAUCAAACUGAGAAUGAAGAGCAUAUAUGUGGCUAUGUGCUUCUUUGUAUGUAAAAGUUGAGUCUUUAUGUACAGACAGUACCUGAUUGUCAAAAUUGUGUGUGUUUGUGUUUGUCUAUGAUGUACAGAAUACAGAAUAUCUUGCUUUGUGUGCAUUGCAAGAAUGUACACCGAGUGCAAAGAAACUUCAAUGUGUGUACGAUAUGACCAUACAUAGAAAAAAUUGAAUUACAUUUUCUUUAAGAAGCAACCCUAUGGUAUGUACUGCCUUGAAAAUUUAGAAUGUUCUAUUUGAUUUUGAUUUUUCCUCUCUGGAGAAUAUUAAAAAUUAUUUGAGGUUUUUUUUUUUUAUAAAUGGGUGUAGAUAUGGUGGUGUCACACCAUUCAAACUGAACAAUAUGUAUGUACUGCCUGGAAAAUUUAGAAUGUUCUAUUUAAAUUUGAUUGUUUCCUCUCUUCUUGGAGAAUAUUAAAACUUAUUUGAGGGUUUUUUCAUACAUGGUGGUGUAACACUAUUCAAACCGAACAAUAGGUUUGUCAUAGAAAAUGUGAAUUACAUUUUUGUAAGAAAUAAACCUAUGGUAUGUACUGCCUGGAAAAUUUAGAAUGUUCUAUUAAUUUUGAUUGUUCCUCUCUUCUUGGAAAAUAUCAAAAAUUAUUUGAGUUUUUUUUUUUCAUACAUGGGUGUAGAUGUGGUGGUGUCACACUAUUCAAACCGAUAAAUAAGUUUAUCAUAGGCUUUAUACAGGGGCUACCCCAGUGGCGGAUCCAGGGGGAAGGGAGGGCACAGCCGGCCCGUGCCCCCACCCCCCUUUUGAGGAGCAAAAUUAAAAUUUGUAAUGUAAAAAUGCCCCCCUCCCCCAUUUUGAAAUUGAAGACCUUUUUUUUUGCUUGUCAAUUUUUUUUGUGGACGAAAUAUCAGUAAUUUUUGGUUAAGAACCUUUUUUUUUCUUUCUUUUUUUUUGCUUGUCAAUUUUUUCCUUGGAAAAAUGUGCCCCCCUGCUUCUGGAAAAUCCUGGAUCCACCCCUGGGCCACCCAAUGGCAAUAGGGAGUAGUUUAAGAAAUUCCUUCCCAUUUACAACUGGGUUGGAAGUGGCAAGAUAAAUUGAUGUCUUACCUAAAAGACAUUAGUUUUGCAUGGGAUCUGAACCCUAGACCCUGUGGUUCACAGUCCCGGAACUGAUCCAUAUUGCUUCUACCUCUUCUACACCUCCAUAUUGGACCCUAUCUCUCCCCCUUCUGUUACCUGCAGGCUCUGACUGUUUUAUCUAAUCAUUUAUAAGUUGUGUGGGUGUUGAUCAUCAUAUUUAUGAUGUAUGAAACUAAAACUUUGUACAAGUUUUGAUAGUUGGAUAUAAUUUUUAUUGGCUAUGAAUGUCAAUGUAGUAUCCAGUUUUGUAAGGACAUUGAAAUCUUCCUUUUCUUCCUAAGAUUUUAUUUUCUUCAAAUUCAAAUACGUUUUUGUUUUUGUUGUCACUUGUUAUUAAUUAGUCAACUUUUGCGUAGUACUUAAAUUUAUUUACAGAUUGAAGGUGUAUUAUGUUGUGAUGUUUAGUUAAAGGCAUUCCAUGUUGCAUAUCAACAACUGUUUUUUUUGUUUUGCUACUUUAGUUAAAUGUGACCAGUUUUGUAGGAAAUUAUUUCUGUUUGUGAUAUCUGUUGGAGAAAUUUGCAUUUUGGAAGCACAAAAUGAAUUUGUUUAUUUGCAAUUGUAAACUUUUAAAAACUUCUUUUUUAGUCAGGUGUCCCUAUAAAAGUAAAGUGUAUAAUUAGUGUUUGUAACUAUUCUGUUUUAGCAAGUCUGAGGUUCUUCUGUUCCUUUCUUUCUCCAACCCUGAGUCAUGCCUUCUAGAUGUAUGAGUAGUACGAAUCCAUUGUGUUCCUUGGUGUAAUGCUUGUGCUUUAGGAUGUGAUCAAAUGCUCUCUGGAAUAGUAUCAAAGUGAUCAAGUCUCAGGUUGUCCCAUCAAGAUCAUUGUUACAUUGAUCUUGUUCAAAAGCCUGACCAGUGACCAAUGAGAAUUAUUGUUUCAAAUCUGCAACUGAUCCCUAAUCUUGUUAUGUGGUUCUGAUACAGUUGUGACAUGGUCAUGGUACAAUAAUGUACACUUGAUUACACAUUUAGAAUGGGACAUAACUGCAGGUGAAAGGUAUGCUAAUCCAUUUUUUUGACUGGAAGUUACAGUAUGACAAGUGGUAAUAGCCUUACCGUGGCUCUAAAAGACAAACAAUAAAGAAAUUUACUAGAUCAAUGUUUAUUUAUGUUCAUUCUUUGAUAUCUGAUCUAAUAUUGGACAAAGAAAUGAUAGAUACCGAGGACUUGCCUUUUUACCUUCACUGAAUUUUGAGUAUGCUGCAGUGUAUUGUAUUUCUACUAUAUGGGUUUUUUUUCUUUCAAUGAAAGUUAAGUCUUUUAUUUAACCUGUUGUAUUACUGAACUUAGUGACAGUUAUUACAUUAUUUUUAUUUGGAUAUGUUAGUGGUUGCGAAGUAUAAUUUCAAAUGUAAAAAUACUUUCUAUCGACACCCUAUAGUGAGCAAUUCAUCCAUUUAUUGAUAAAAAAGUAUGAUUAAACUUUGACGAGCAGAAAAAGGGAAACCCAACAAAUUUAAAUGUGAAGGGGGGGGGGGGGGUUGUUAGAUGAAUUCAAUGAUAUAAAUCAUGCAUGUGUAUAAAGGGAUGUGAUUAUUUCAUGCAAAUGUACAGCAGUUAAUGUCAAUAGAUCUUUGGGAACAGUGAGCUGUAUAUUUCAGAAAUAUAUAUUUUAAGAAUUUACAA